UGCCUGGCUGGGGGAGCUCGGAGGCUGGUGGCACCCAGAGGCCUCAAGCUGAGAUGGACUUGGCGGAAGACCUGGAGAAAGAGCUGGAGACCACAGCCCAGGAAGUGCUGGGGAAACUGAGGAGCCAUGAGCUGUUCCAGUCCAACUGGGACACUGCUGCCUUCAUCAUCUUCCUCAUUUUCCUCGGCACCGUGCUGCUCCUGAUGCUGCUCGUUUGUACCCACUGCUGCUGCCACAGCUCCUGCAGUCGCCGUGCCUCCAGACCCCAGAAGGUGAGCCCCGAGCAGGAACACCCCAGGGGAGUGGAUAACUUGGCCCUGGAACCUUAACACGGCGAGCCCACCAGCCCCCCCCUGCCUGUGUCCUGCUGGGCAACAGUAACAAAGCCUUGUUUGCCCAGAGCCUGAGUCUGGAGUGUGUUCCGAGCUUCCCGUCAGGGGUGGGCAGUGUGGGCGCUCACUGCUUUCUCCGGAUGCCCACCUGCUCCCUCACGGCUCCAGGUCACACAGCAGCUGCUGACAGGAGGCGAAGCUGGGCUCCAGCUCAGGGGCCCAACCCAAGGCCGAAACCUUGUCCCCAGCCCACUCAGUCCCCUAGCGGCCUGAGGACCCCCUCAAAGGUGGGACAGGGAGGCCAGGGGCUCCAUCAUUGGGUACCCCCCCCAGGUCCUGACUAUUUGGGAUCCCCAGCUUGGUCUUCACUCAGACAGACAGACAGACAGACGCUCCAGGUAAAGUCAGAUGAUCUUUAUUUCCUGGAGGCCUUGUCAGGGAUAUGGAGCAAACACAUUCAAGGGCACCACAGCUGGCGGUGGAUGGCUUCUGUCUGCCCUCCUGACUCACAGCUUAGGGCCACCAUCCACUCCUCACCCUCCACUGGAGGGGGGGGCGUGCCACUGCGCGUACCAUCCUGGGCAGCUCAGAAGGCAGAAAAAGGAGGGGGAAGGAGAGCCCUGGGCCUGGCGCCACCCUGAGUCCAAAGGUUCCCGCUGUGCAGGGAGGGCAGGGUUUGGAAUGUGGGCCACCUCUGGGCUCUGCCUUCCUGACCCCCCCCGCCCCACCUUCCAGACCACCCCCUACAAAAUGAAAAGCAAGUCAGCAUCCCUGUCUCUCAGUGGUGCCAGUGUUCAUUUCCAUCUGUGCAAAUGUGAUGGGCAGGAUGGGGAGAAGAGGGAAAUAAAUAAUAG